UAACAGAGUGUGAGAUAGUGGAUUCUGUCUUUAAGCAACAAGCAAAGGGUUUGAUGAGGAUUGAAGAGUGGCGUGAAGCUAAAUUAUAUAUAAGAGUAUCAAUAAUCUAUUAUCUAUGAUUGCGUGCCCGAAACAUCAAUCUAAUAUGCCAUCACUAACAACUAACAUAUAUAUAUAUUACUCAUAGAAUAGAAUCUUAAAUCAUUAGUUUACUACUUAUACAAGGAAAAAAUAAAGAUUCUAGUUUCAAAAUCUAGUAUUAGUAUUAGUAUGUAUGGAGUAAUAUAGGUAGGUGAGAUAAAAAGAGCAGCAGCAACAGCAGCAGCAGCAGCAGUAUCCGCAUCCGCGGCAGCAGCAGUGGCGGAAGGCGGAGUAAAAGUGGGAAAGACAGGAGGAGAGUUGGUGGAGGGGUUAUUUGAUUGCAUCCAUGACAUCACUGGAAUCAUCGCCUCUUCUUCAGCUGGGAUUCUUCAUUGGAGGAUGAAAGAUUCUUCUGCUUAUCGAGUUCAUACUACUUCUCGACUUGCUCAAUGGCGCAUCGACAACCUCUCUUCUUGCACUUAUCGUCGUUCUGAUCCUUUCAACAUUGGCCUAUGGAACUGGCACUUGGCUUUGGAGAAGAAUAGAGUGUUGAUCUUAAAGUUGUAUCCCGAGAUAUCCAAUUUAACAAGAGAUAAUCCCCCCAUUGCGUCGUUUGUCAUCCGGGUCUUGUCUUCCGUCGGCGACCGCAACCCCCUCUUCCACCCUGAAAUAAGAGACCAGCAGCUCAAAAAUAGUGACGAUUUUGUUUGGCCAAUUGAUGUUCCACUCACUGGCAAAUUCAUCAUUGAUGUUGAAUUUCUAGACUUAAAGACCUCAUCUCCACAAGGUGGGGAGCCUUGUUCCAUUUGGGCAGAAGGUUCAAGCAGCAGGAGCUCUAACAGCGCGGCUCUCAGCAGCCUGACACGGAUGCUGACUGAUGGGAUCUACACAGACAUCACCAUCAACACGUCUGAUGGGUGUGUUGGGGCCCACAGGGCAGUUUUAGCUGCAAGGUCACCGGUGUUCCGGAGCAUGUUCUCUCACAACCUACAGGAAAAGGAACUUUCCAUCAUAAAUAUACCAGAUAUGACAGUUGAGUCAUGCCAGGCCUUGCUUAGCUAUCUGUAUGGCUGCAUCGGACACAAGGAAUUCCUGCACCACCGCCUCUCCCUCCUUCGUGCAGCUGACAAGUAUGAUAUUGCCGACCUAAAAGAGGCAUGCCAUGUCAGCUUACUUGAGGAUAUUGAUGCCAAAAAUGUGCUAGAGAGGCUCCAGAAUGCUGCCCUGUACCAGCUGCCUGAGCUUAAGAGCAGCUGUAUGAGGUAUUUGGUCCAGUUCGGUAAGAUAUUUGAUCUUCGCGAUGACUUUAAUGUGUUCCUUCAAUGUGCGGAUAGGGAGUUGAUAGCCGAAAUCUUCCAAGAGAUUCUUGCUACAUGGAAAGGUUUCUAAUUCUUUGCUAAAGCCUAAUGGUGUAUAAUACACUCUAGGCCAGCUGAUUAAGUUAUUGGUUCAUGUGUUGAUGUACAUAAUAUGUUUGAGCUCAAUUGAAAUUAAACUCAGCUAUGUAUGGAAUCCUGUGUGUUUGAUAUGAACGUAAACAUAUAUACUAUACAAGUUCCUUGAAAACA